GAAAAUACAGCUGUGUUAUAUGAUAUGAGCUGACCUACAUAGGAGUUUUAUGAACUAUCCGAAAAUCAGGAGUUGGUUGAUUUACUAUAUGGUCAUUGUUUGAGAAGGCACACGAUUGACACCACUCCUAACAGUGUGUACCUCAGGAAAGCAUGGCGAUCCUGGAUGUUUACCUUCUCCUCGUGGCCCUAGUUACAGGAAGUUUAGUUCAGUGUGAGAUAGCCAAGUCUGUAGCCGGACCAUGGGAAAGUACCAGAAGUACCUGUCAACUCCUUAACUCGAGUUUCCUAUGUGAGGAUGGUCCAGAUACAUGUAACCUCAGAAGUGACAUCGAAGUACCGACUGGAAGGUUUUGGAUCGGAGCCUACGUUCAUACAACUACAAUCAUUUUGUAUAAAGGCUGCAAACAAGUUCCUGACGGAGCCAUUCCGGAAUUUACAUCAGUGAACAUGACAUUAAAAGGCUGUGUGGAGAAAUGUCAUACUAAGUACGCACACGAUAAUACCCUAGAAACACUGGCACUUCACAUGGAUUCCUGCUACUGUACUACUCGUAACAGACAAACGCCUGACGAGUCUGAAUGUAACACACCAUGUGCUUCAAACACUGCUGUAACGUGUGGUGGUCAAACGUCAAUGUCUACGUACGAGUUUAGCCCAGUUGGAGGCACACAAAAAAGUGGUCCCCUUUCUUUCUCACCGCUGUGUGGAACAUCGAAUAAUAAAUUCAAAAAUUGCCAAGACCAGAGUGAAGCUGUGUGUAAAAAUAAUCAAACCUCUUCAAUGAGAAUGUCUUGGCCACAAGCUAACAAAUGGUGUCAAGACAGGUCCUCCCAGCUCACCAUAGAUCGGACUUUUCCAGGCAAUAGGGAUCCCUGGAUCAACCUCGUCAAGCACCGCUUUGUCAAUUGGGUUGAUGGUGCUGUCCCCGAGGCGACGACUUACUGUGUAUCGUUGAUGUGCGAGAGCGGAACAUGUUCGUUUUUUUCCGACAGUUGCACAAGGCAGCUUUCAGGAUUGUGCUGGAAGACACAAGAUGAUAACAAUGUAAACACGGAUUCGUCAAGUACGCUUUCUCCUCCUUCACGCACUGCUCCUCGUGUGAUGUCAUCGGGGUUAAUGCCAACACCGACAGGGAGGGAGAAUUCAUCUUAUAUUCCGGUAGUCAAUGUCCCACGCACGGAAAAUAACAAUAGCGAUGGAAUGCUUGUGUAUAUUCUGGUCGCUGUCGCAGUGGUGGUGAUAGUCAUCCUCACAGUCAUACUGACCUUCAUAUUCUGUCGUAAAAGGAAAUUGAAACAAGGCAGACCACGUUCGAAACCAGACUCAAACAAUAUCGAGGAACCAGCAAGACCCCUUAUGGAACAGUCUGUCCGCGAGCACCGUGGUAGUGAUGAUUACGAUCGAGUCAAGGGCGAUUACGACAAGAUCAGAGAGGAUUUUGUAAUCGACACCAAAGACACAAGUAACAGUGACUACGACAAGAUCAAAGGUGACUACGACAACAUCAAAGGUGACUAUGACAACAACAGUGGUGAUGAUGACCCAGCAUAUGCUCGUGUUACCAGCUUCGCGCCAUCAGAUCAACCGGAAGUUGAUGAUGUUCCCAAAACAGAGCGAGACAGUGAUAAUUACGACCUCCUUAGGACCAACAAACGACCGGAAGGAGGAGUUGACAGUACGUAUGAUCACAUACCUGCAGAAACAGAGGACGACACUUACAAUGUUUUACAAUCGCAAGAGAAUUUACACAAAGAUGACAUUGGCGACUUCAUGUAUGACGUCACUUCCGCUAUAAAUGGGUUAGGAAAUUAUGACACGUUUCGUAAUAAUAAAACUGAGAACACUAAUAAUGACUACGACACGGCGGAAUCAGUGUUACACUCCGAUUCAUGAUAUAAAAACUACACAUCAGACAAUUUACAUCAACGAAAAUAACAUCACUUUGGAAACAUUGCUGUGUCUUUAUAGGAAUAUCUUGUUUACGAACUCCUUCGUAAAACUAGUACAAGAAUGCUAACUUCAGACAAUAACAUUUACCAUAGUUUACACUUAUCCUUCCAAUACUAGUUUUUUCUCUUCAGUAUAUGAUGGAUGUUCUAAUCAAUAAUAAUGUAAAUUAUGUAGAAAAACUAGAAUGAAAAGCUGCACACAAAGUCACUGGAAUACCGCUGUAUGCCAGCCGAGCAUAUCUAUACAAGGCAAUUCAUCUUAGCGCCGAACCCCAAACAAGGGAAACAUUAAAAACAAAAAGGAAAAUUCUCUAAUAUGAGUAUGUCCACAUAAAAAUCAUGCUGAUCCUCUCAGUUUCAUAUAUAAUCCAUUGCAGCAUGUGAACCAUUUUAAUAUAUUACAACCCUAAAAGGAAUUGUGUACCGUCUACUGUAAGACUUAUAUACGACAUCGAUAUAACAACAUGUACAAAUCCUUAGUAGAAAGUUUGUAAUGUUCAGAAUGUUCUUCCAAGUGACAAUAAACACUGUAACGUAUCAGUGCUUUACCUUGAAGGUUCCAGGUCAAUAGACUUCGGUAGUUAUGAGAUUCUCUCAAAGCAAAUCUAUCUAAAUUCAGCCUAAUAAACACGGGUGCUUGUGUUGUUUUACAUACAAAUCGCUCAUCGCGUGUUGUUUGUAUGCAAUAUAUUAAAAAACAAAACUCAUUUCCCAUGUGCCCCCUCCCCUUCCUUUAAUCGAUAUACUCUAAGCCAGACACGUAUAUGUAUAAAUACAAGUAAUUUUCCAUGUUGCCAUUACUUAUGCUCCGUAUGAAUGCAUUUUUUUUCUUGCCAUCAUGUGUAAUGUUACUGAUUUGUGUAUUAUAUAUCGAUUUCGACAAUAAAAUAUAUUUA